AGCACCGGUUGCACACAGUUAAUCAAUAAGAGAGAUAGAUAACAUUGACCAACAUUCAUCUCAUCUUGAACAUCUUGUUUCCUUUUUUCUUCUCUUUCCCAAAAAUGCUCUUUUCAAAUAUUUUCAAGCUGAGUGCUUUGAUUGCUUUAGUUGCUACAGUUUAUGCAAACAAUGAAGCUGACUUGGAGCAACCUACCAAGCUUCUUGGAGGUGUUCUUAAGAGACCUGAAAAGUGUGGUUUUAAGGUGUCUUCCAACUCUGAAGUACUUUAUCAUUACCGUGCUCGUGUUUGGGGUGAGGAUGAAUUUUAUGAAAAUACCUAUGCAGGAGAGCCCUUAAAAGUGAAAUUUGGCAGAGAUAAAAUUAUGAAGGGAUUGGAACAGGGUAUGCACGGUAUGUGUGAAGGAGAAGUACGUAGAUUACUUAUUCCUGCUGAAUAUGCUUAUGGUGAAUUUGGUCUUCCCCAUUUGGUUCCAGGAAACACUGCAGUUAUCUAUGAAGUUGAGGUUGUUGAUGUAAACUCACCUUUUAGCAAUCCCUGGUUCUGGACUGGACUCAGUUUCAUGGUAUUCGUAUAUGUGUUCUAUGGUCGUCUUCAAAAAUUCUUGACUAAAUCAGAUAGCUCUGAUUACUUGAAAGAUAAGGCAACUGAAAAGAAGUCCGAGUAAAAAAAAAAGAAGAAAAUUAAUUAUCCCUCUAAUUCUGUAAUAAUAAUAAAAAAAAUAUAAUAAUCAUAGUUUUAACAAGUAC